AUGUCUCCGGAAAAGGCCAGGAAACUCCGGAGUGUAGCCGGCACGGGCACGGCAAGGUUCGAAAGGCAUUCGAGAAAAGACGCUCAAAGGACAGCCAAUCUGGACUUUGACGCCCGCGUCCCCAUCCCCUUCAGUGUCUUCCCGUCGUCGUACCGGAGUGACGCUGUUCCUGAGACUACUCUUGAGACUGAAAGAGUAGAGGGAGAAGUCAAUCUCGAUCGCACUUCGCACGUCGAACGGGAAGAUACUCGAACCUCUGCUCCUCUUCCAGACCCCCGUGCCCACGGACAGGAAGAAGUCGACUUUCAUUUCCAGCGCGACACUCGUACCACUCACGGUGGUCACGACCAGCACCAGCACGCCCACGCCCACGCCGGCCAGAACCAGAACAACUUCGUCUACGAGGAGCGCCGUGAGACCACUCGCUACCGUGAACCUUCGGUCCGCUUCCAAGACCGCCCUCAAGUCUACGAUAAGGCUCUUGAGUCCCAGCUCGACAUCACCGAGCGUGAAUAUCGUCGUCGUACCGACCCCACCUACGACGUCAACGUCGCCUACGACCGCCGCUCCCAGGGUCCCGCCGUAGAGACUUACGAACAACGCUUCCCGGCCGCCGACACCAACGUCUCGUACGACCGCGGCUUCCAGCCCCAGCCUGUCGACUCCUACCGCGGAGACUCCUUCAGCCGCCGCGACCUGAACGUAGAGUCCGUUGCUCCCGCUCCGGCCCCUGCCACCAACCUCAAGGUUUACAAGACCAAGACUGUGAUUGAUCACCCCCCUGCUCGCAAGAUGGGCUACUACGACGACGACGGUAACUACCACUCCUUCCGUCGUGGUGUGGAACGCGCUGCCGACCGCAUCAUGCACCCUUUCCAUCACCAUGACCAUCACCACCACCAUGACCAUCAUGAUCACCACGACCGUGAGGAUGUUGUCGUCGCUGCUGACGAUCGCGGACCAGUUCGUUUCCGGGACGGUGUUCGUGAGGAUGUGCGCAUUGUCGAGCCCCGCUCCGGCGGUGGCGGCGGCGGCGCCUCCACCGAGUCCGUGCCCAUCCCCUGCCACUUCGUGCGCAUUGGCGACAUCCUGAUCCUCCAGGGCCGUCCCUGCCAGGUGAUCCGUAUCUCCGUCUCCCCCCAGACCGGCCAGCACCGCUACCUGGGUGUCGACCUGUUCACCCGCCAGCUGCACGAGGAGUCCAGUUUCAUCUCCAACCCCUCGCCUUCCGUCGUGGUCCAGACCAUGCUCGGCCCCGUCUACAAGACCUACCGCAUCUUGGACCUGCGUGACGAUGGCCGCAUCGUCGCCAUGACCGAGUCCGGUGACGUCAAGCAGGGUCUGCCCGUCGUGCCCCAGGGUCACCUCUUCCGUCGCAUCCGUGAGGCGUUCGAGGAUGGCCGUGGCAGCGUCCGCGCCCUGGUCAUCAACGACGGUGGUCGCGAGCUGGUCGUGGACUACAAGGUGAUCCACGCUUCCCGUCUGUAAAUCUUUUACCGUGAACGGUUUAGCCUCGGGAAUCGUCCUGUUUCCACCCGCGCGACGAAUCUUCUAUUGUGCAGCAAAUGAUCCUUGACGACCUGCGAAUUUUUGUGUACCUGACCUUGGAUUUAUGGAUGAUGGGAAUGGCCUUGGAAAAUGUUCAAUUUGCUUCAAUCUGUAUCAUGGGCCUCUCCUUGUAACUAGCAAACGUAAUGUUGGAAUCUGAUUAUGUAGACUGACCUGUCUUUCCUAC